CACACGCACAGCGGCGCUAGUGCUGCUCACACACCGUCCGGCCCCUUGGAAAUUUCCCUCAGCGCGGAGGAUAUUCUACUGCUGAGGAGCGGGACUGUCGGCCAACGUGCAUCCCUCUCAGGGCUGACUUGCUUGAAAUGCCCCGGCAGACGAUCUGAAGCUGUGAAGAUCAGUAGACAUCCAAGGCUGCAUUUCCCUCAGCAAUAAGGUGUAGCUGCAGCCCCCACCCACACCGCCUGCCAAGAUGGUGGCGUUGUCGCUGAAAAUCUGCGUUCGCCAAUGUAACGUUGUGAAAACAAUGCAGUUUGAGCCCUCCACAGCCAUCUACGAUGCCUGUAGGAUGAUCAGAGAGAGAGUCCCUGAGGCUCAGACUGGACAGGCUUCAGACUAUGGUCUGUUUCUGUCUGAUGAAGACCCCAGAAAAGGCAUCUGGCUGGAGUCUGGAAGGACACUGGACUACUACAUGCUCCGCAAUGGGAUCCUCUGCCAGUUUGUUUUAAAGUCUCUGAUCCCCUCUGCCAAAGGCCCGACCGACUCUGGGUCUCUAUGCAUCACCAACUAUGAAGAAUACUCUCUGAUCCAGGAGACAGUGGAGGAGAAGAAGGAGGAUGGAAUGGGUACGCUGAAGAAAGAUAGGACAUUGCUGCGAGACGAGAGGAAGAUGGAGAAGCUGAAAGCCAAACUACACACAGACGAUGACUUGAACUGGCUGGACCACAGCAGAACAUUCAGAGAACAGGGGGUGGACGAGAACGAGACACUUUUACUCAGACGCAAGUUCUUCUACUCGGACCAGAAUGUGGACUCCCGCGACCCGGUCCAACUCAACCUGCUUUACGUACAGGCGCGAGAUGAUAUCCUAAACGGUUCUCACCCAGUAUCAUUUGACAAGGCCUGCGAGUUUGGAGGCAUUCAGGCCCAGAUCCAGUUUGGACCUCACAUAGAUCAUAAACACAAACCUGGAUUCUUAGAUCUGAAGGAGUUUCUUCCCAAAGAAUACAUAAAGCAGAGAGGAGCUGAGAAGAAAAUAUUCCAGGAACACAAAAACUGCGGAGAAAUGACAGAGAUAGAGGCAAAAGUGAAAUAUGUCAAACUGGCACGGUCUCUGCGGACAUAUGGUGUCUCCUUCUUCCUGGUUAAGGAAAAGAUGAAGAGUAAGAACAAGCUGGUGCCACGGCUCCUGGGGAUCACCAAAGAGUCAGUGAUGAGAGUGGACGAGAAGACCAAAGAUGUGGUUCAGGAGUGGCCACUUACCACUGUGAAGAGGUGGGCAGCGUCGCCCAAGAGCUUCACCCUGGACUUUGGGGAGUACCAGGAGAGCUACUACUCAGUGCAGACCACUGAAGGGGAGCAGAUCUCCCAGCUCAUUGCCGGUUACAUCGACAUCAUCCUCAAAAAGAAGCAAAGCAAGGACCGUUUUGGAUUAGAAGGUGAUGAAGAGUCAACCAUGCUCGAGGAAUCAGUAUCCCCCAAAAAGUCCACCAUCCUUCAGCAGCAGUUUAACCGCGUGGGCCGGGUAGAGCAUGGCUCAGUUGCGCUGCCGGGGGUGAUCCGCUCUGGCUCCAUUGGCACAGAGUCGCUCAGCAUGGGCACCAUGCCGUCUGCCCAACAGCAGAUCACAAUGGGUCAGAUGCACCGUGGGCACAUGCCACCACUGAGCUCGGCGCAGCAGGCUCUGAUGGGAACCAUCAACACCAGUAUGCAAGCUGUGCAGAAAGCCCAGAUUGACCUGGGAGAGGUUGAUAACCUGCCACCGUUGGGACAGGACAUGGCAUCCAAGGUGUGGAUCCAGAACAAGAUGGAUGAAUCAAAACAUGAGAUCCACUCCCAGGUUGACGCCAUCACCGCGGGAACAGCCUCUGUGGUCAACCUCACGGCUGGCGAUCCCACUGACACGGACUACACGGCAGUGGGCUGCGCCAUCACCACCAUCUCUUCCAACCUGACUGAAAUGUCAAAGGGUGUGAAGCUGCUGGCUGCACUGAUGGAGGAUGACGUGGGAGGCGGUAACGACCUGAUGAAGGCCGCCAGGACGCUAGCAGGGGCCGUGUCUGACCUGCUGAAGGCCGUGGAGCCAGCCUCUGGAGAACCCAGACAGACUGUGCUGACAGCAGCGGGCAGCAUCGGCCAGGCCAGUGGAGACCUCCUGCGCCAUAUUGGAGAGAGCGAGACAGACGAGAGGUUCCAGGAUGUCCUGAUGAAUCUGGCCAAAGCAGUGGCCAACGCUGCAGCGAUGUUGGUGCUAAAGGCCAAGAACGUGGCCCAGGUUGCAGAGGACACAGUGCUUCAGAACCGGGUCAUUGCCGCCGCCACCCAGUGUGCCCUGUCCACCUCCCAGCUGGUGGCAUGUGCCAAGGUGGUGAGCCCCACCAUCAGUUCCCCAGUUUGCCAGGAGCAGUUAAUCGAAGCGGGAAAGCUGGUGGAUCGCUCAGUGGAAAGCUGCGUCCAGGCCUGCCUCUCAGCCACAGAGGAUGGCGAGCUCCUUAAACAGGUGAGCGCAGCAGCCAGCGUGGUGAGUCAGGCUCUGGGAGAUCUCCUGCAACAUGUCCGUCAGUACACCUCAAGGGGAGAGCCUAUUGGGCGCUACGACCAGGCCACAGACACCAUUAUGACGGUCACUGAGAGCAUCUUCAGCUCAAUGGGAGACGCAGGAGAGAUGGUCCGUCAGGCUCGGGUCUUGGCUCAGGCCACCUCGGACCUGGUGAACGCCAUGAGGUCUGAUGCUGAGGCCGAGGUGGAUGUUGACAAUUCCAAGAAGUUACUGGCAGCUGCUAAACUGCUCGCUGACGCCACUGCGAGGAUGGUAGAGGCAGCAAAGGGUGCGGCAGCAUACCCAGAGAAUGAGGACCAGCAGCAGAGACUGAGGGAGGCUGCAGAGGGUCUGCGCGUGGCCACCAACGCUGCUGCUCAGAAUGCCAUUAAGAAGAAACUGAUCAACCGACUGGAGAAUGCUGCUAAGCAAGCUGCGGCUGCAGCCACACAGACCAUCGCUGCCGCUCAAAAUGCUGCCGCAUCCAACAAGAACACUGCUGCUCACCAGCAGCUGGUGCAGAGCUGUAAGGCAGUGGCAGACCACAUCCCACAGCUUGUCCAGGGAGUUCGUGGCAGUCAGGCAAAACCAGAGGACCUCAGUGCACAGCUAGCCCUCAUCAUUGCCAGUCAGAACUUCCUACAGCCUGGUAGUAAGAUGGUGACCUCGGCCAAGUCAUCCGUUCCCACGGUUACGGAUCAGGCUGCAGCCAUGCAACUGGGUCAGUGUGCCAAGAACCUGGCUACCUGCCUGGCUGAGCUGAGGACGUCUGCGCAGAAGGCUCAUGAAGCUUGCGGCCCCAUGGAGAUUGACUCUGCCCUCACUGCCAUCCAGACCCUGAGAAGUGAGCUGCAAGAUGCCAAGCUGGCUGCUGUUAAUGCCCAACUGAAACCACUACCUGGAGAAUCCUUGGAGAAAUGUGCUCAGGAUCUGGGCAGCACCUCGAAGUCAGUGGGAUCCUCCAUGGCUCAGCUGCUCACCUGUGCUGCACAAGGAAAUGAACACUACACAGGAAUAGCAGCCAGGGAGACAGCCCAGGCCCUGAAAACACUGGCUCAGGCAGCCCGUGGCGUUGCUGCCUCUACCACUGAUCCAAAGGCCGCAGCCGCCAUGCUGGACUCGGCUCGCGAUGUCAUGGAGGGCUCAGCGCUUCUCAUUCAUGAGGCCAAGCAGGCGCUGGUUUCCCCCGGAGACGCCGAGAGCCAGCAGAGGCUGGCACAGGUGGCCAAGGCCGUGUCUCAUUCCCUGAAUAACUGCGUCAACUGUCUGCCUGGCCAGAAGGAUGUGGACAUGGCUCUCAAAAGCAUCGGGGAGGCCAGCAAGAAGCUGCUGAUUGAAACUAUCCCUCCAGCCUCCAAGUCAUUUCAGGAGGCCCAGAGUGAAUUGAACCAAACAGCUGCAGACCUGAACCAGUCAGCGGGCGAGGUGGUCCACGCCUCCAGAGGCUCCAGCAGCCAGCUGGCAGUGGCCUCUGGAAAGUUCAGUCAAGACUUCGAUGAGUUCCUGGAUGCUGGUAUCGAGAUGGCUGGGCACACUCAGAAAAAGGAUGACCAGGUGCAGGUGAUCGGUAACCUGAAGAACAUCUCCAUGGCUUCUAGCAAGCUGCUGCUGGCUGCUAAGAGUCUUUCUGUAGACCCUGCAGCAGCAAAUGCCAAGAACCUGCUAGCUGCUGCUGCAAGAGCAGUGACUGACAGCAUUAACCAGCUGAUCACACUUUGUACACAGCAGGCUCCUGGCCAGAAGGAGUGUGACAAUGCCCUCAGAGAGCUGGAGGCGGUCAGAGGAAUGCUGGACAACCACAACGAGCCUGUCAGUGACCUCUCCUACUUUGACUGCAUUGAGAGUGUGAUGGAGAACUCAAAGGUCCUCGGAGAGUCCAUGGCUGGUAUUUCCCAGAACUGCAAGACUGGAGAUGUGUCUGCAUUCGGAGACUGUGUGGGAUCAGCUUCAAAGGCCCUGUGUGGCCUCACUGAAGCUGCAGGACAGGCCUCGUACUUGGUGGGUGUGUCUGAUCCCAACAGUCAGGCAGGGCACCAGGGGUUGGUGGAUCCCAUCCAGUUUGCCAAAGCCAAUCAGGCAAUCCAGAUGGCCUGUCAGAAUCUUGUCGACCCAGACAGCAGUCCCUCUCAGGUGCUCUCUGCAGCCACCAUUGUUGCUAAGCACACCUCAGCACUGUGCAACGCCUGCCGCCUGGCCUCCUCCAAGACAAUCAACCCAGUCGCCAAGAGGCACUUUGUCCAGUCUGCCAAAGAGGUGGCAAACAGCACUGCCAACUUGGUCAAAACCAUCAAGGCCUUAGAUGGUGAUUUCUCGGACGAGAACAGGAACAGGUGUCGAGUCGCCACAGCUCCUCUAAUUGAGGCUGUGGAAAAUCUGACAACAUUUGCUUCCAACCCAGAGUUUGCCAGCGUCCCCGCUCAAAUCAGCCACGAGGGCUCUGCAGCGCAGGAGCCCAUCCUCCAGUCAGCACGCUCCAUGCUUGACAGUUCCACCUACCUGCUCAAGACUGCACGCUCACUGGUUAUCAACCCCAAAGACCCGCCCACCUGGUCUGGUCUGGCUGGUCACUCUCGCACUGUCUCUGACUCCAUCAAGAGCCUCAUCACAGCCAUCCGGGACAAGGCCCCAGGCCAGCGGGAGUGCGACUUGUCAAUUGAUAACAUCAACAAAUGUAUCCGGGACAUUGAGCAGGCCUCUCUGGCUGCAGUCAGCCAGAAUUUACCCAGCAGGGACGACAUCUCACUGGAAGCGCUACAAGAGCAGUUGACGUCCACUGUGCAGGAAAUUGGCCACCUAAUUGACCCCAUUUCCACUGCUGCCAGAGGCGAAGCUUCCCAACUAGGACACAAGGUGACCCAACUAGCUGGUUACUUUGAACCACUGAUUAAGGCCUCUGUGGGUGUGGCGUCCAAGCUGAAGGACCACCAGCAGCAGAUGACUUUCCUUGAUCAAACUAAGACCCUGGCUGAGUCUGCCCUGCAGAUGCUCUACGCCGCCAAGGAGGGUGGAGGAAACCCAAAGGCAUCCCAUACCCACGAUGCCAUAGCAGAGGCAGCCAUGCUUAUGAAGGAGGCGGUUGAUGAUAUCAUGGUGACACUGAACGAAGCUGCCAGUGAAGUGGGAAUGGUGGGAGGAAUGGUGGAGUCCAUCGCAGAGGCCAUGGCCAAGCUGGAUGAAGGUACACCACCUGAACCUGAGGGCUCAUUUGUGGAUUACCAGACCAGUAUGGUGAAAUACUCUAAGGCUAUUGCUGUCACUGCUCAGGAAAUGAUGACCAAAUCAGUGACAUGUCCAGACGAGCUGGGAGCGCUGGCCUCUCAUGUGACCGUGGACUACAGCCAGCUGGCCGUUCAGGGCCGGCUGGCUGCCCACACAGCUGAGCCAGAGGAGAUCGGUUUCCAGAUUAAGACUCGAGUGCAGGAGCUUGGGCAUGGCUGUAUCUAUCUGGUCCAGAAGGCUGGGGCUCUACAGAUCAUCCCCUCUGACGGCUUCACUAAACGAGAGCUCAUUGAAUGUGCCCGUGCAGUCACAGAGAAGGUGUCCUUGGUGCUGUCAGCCCUCCAGGCAGGAAACAAGGGCACACAAGCCUGCAUCACAGCAGCCAGCGCAGUGUCUGGCAUCAUCGCCGAUCUGGACACCACCAUCAUGUUUGCCUCUGCCGGCACGCUGAACGCAGAGAAUGACGAGUCCUUCGCUGACCACAGGGAAAACAUUUUAAAGACGGCCAAAGCCCUGGUCGAGGACACAAAGAUGCUGGUGUCCGGUGCAGCUUCCGGUCAGGACAAGUUGGCACAGGCCGCCCAGUCUUCAGCCAAAACCAUUACCCAGCUCACAGAUGUGGUCAAACUGGGAGCUGCCAGCAUUGGCUCGGACGACCCUGAGACGCAGGUGGUUCUGAUAAAUGCUGUCAAAGAUGUGGCCAAGGCGCUGGCUGAGCUCAUUAGUGCCACCAAGUGUGCUGCUGGCAAAGCAGCAGAUGAUCCAUCUAUGUACCAACUGAAGAGCGCUGCCAAGGUGAUGGUGACCAACGUCACAUCCCUGCUGAAGACAGUCAAGGCUGUGGAGGACGAGGCCACUCGGGGCACCAGAGCCCUGGAGGCCACAAUCGAGUGUAUCAAACAGGAAAUGGCGGUGUUUCAAUCCAAGGAUGCGCCCAACAAGACGACCACACCCGAGGAGUUCAUCCGCAUGACUAAAGGCAUCACCAUGGCAACUGCUAAAGCAGUGGCUGCAGGGAACUCUGCCCGGCAGGAAGACAUCAUCCAUACAGCCAACCUCAGCCGCAAAGCCAUUUCAGACAUGCUCACCACCUGCAAGCAAGCGGCCUACCAUCCAGAGGUCAACGGGGAGGUGAAGAACAGAGCCCUGAUGUUCGGCUCAGAGUGUACAACUGGAUACAUCGAUCUGCUGGAACAAGUACUAUUGGUCCUGCAGAAGCCCACUGCAGAGCAGAAGCAGCACCUGGCGGCUUGCUCCAAACGGGUGGCGGGAGCUGUCACGGAGCUCAUCCAAACCGCUGAAGCCAUGAAAGGUUCAGAGUGGGUGGACCCCGAGGACCCGACAGUCAUUGCAGAAACGGAGCUGCUCGGAGCAGCAGCAUCCAUCGAAGCAGCAGCUAAGAAGCUGGAGCAGCUCAAACCCCGAGCCAAGCCCAAGCAAGCGGAUGAGACGCUGAACUUCGAGGAGCAGAUCCUGGAGGCAGCCAAGUCCAUCGCUGCAGCCACCAGCGCUUUGGUCAAAUCAGCCUCAGCUGCCCAGAGAGAGCUGGUGGCUCAGGGUAAAGUGGGCUCCAUCCCUGCUAAUGCUGUGGACGAUGGACAGUGGUCCCAGGGGCUCAUCUCUGCGGCACGUAUGGUAGCAGCAGCAACCAGCAACCUGUGUGAGGCAGCCAAUGCCUCGGUGCAGGGCCACGCCAGCGAGGAGAAGCUCAUCUCUUCAGCCAAACAGGUGGCGGCCUCCACUGCCCAGCUGCUGGUGGCCUGUAAGGUGAAGGCUGACCAGGACUCAGAGGCCAUGAGGAGACUUCAGAUGGCUGGGAAUGCUGUGAAGAAGGCAUCGGACAACUUGGUGCGGGCAGCCCAGAAGGCAGCAUUUGACAAAGCAGAUGAGGACAAUGUGGUGGUCAAGACAAAGUUUGUGGGUGGAAUAGCACAGAUUAUUGCGGCCCAGGAGGAGAUGCUGAGGAAGGAGAGAGAGCUGGAGGAGGCCCGGAAGAAACUGGCUCAGAUCCGGCAGCAGCAGUACAAGUUCCUGCCCAGCGAACUACGAGAGGACAACAACUAAUUAUUCAAACUCACUGUCACUGUUGCACAUGCUUAAAGCAGUGUGAAAAGCACAUGUGUGUUGGUGUGCAAAUUUGUGUCCGUCUUAAUGGCAGGCUUGGACAAGCAUGUGGCCUACAGCGACUUCAGAUAUGUUGUGACUGAUAUAACAAACCAGUAAAGCCCAAGUCUGCAGGGAACACCGUUGACUGAGUCCACAUAACACGGAAAGAUCUUAAAGUCAACUCCUAGCAAGCUUAAAAUACUACUGUUUGGACGUGAGUACUUUCUGAAAACAACAUAAAGAUUGUGGUGAUUUGCCUGAAGAACUGCUUUUUUGUCCUCAUCUAUAGCGUAACUACUUCGACUGAUGUAAUCUGAACCAGAAUGUGACAUACUGAGGACAAACGGUACAGCUCAUACGCUCUCAUGUUUGUCCAUAAGCUACAGUUUCUUUCUUUUGUUAAAGAUUUUUCAGCUCUACUUCAUAAACUUUAAAGAUGAAGAAUUGAUUGUAUUGCUGUUGGUGUCAGAUAGCCGUUUAACUGCAACGUCGCUCGGAGAGCAAACUGGUUUCAGCUCGGUACUCUGAUAUUGUAUGAAUGUUGGCCUUUACUCUCCAAUUUGGCACCUUAAUAGCUGUUUAAAUCGUGUAAACCACAUAACCGUGGUGUGUCUUGACUUUAAUUCAGUGGUCAUUGACCCUAAUAUGAAGGAAGGUAGGACUUUGCAAAGUGGUGUUUUUUGAACCAUACUGUAAAUUUCAAUAAUGGAGAGUUGUCUUUGGGAAUCUUGCUUUAAUGCAGACAGUGAAAUAAGCAUCUUUCUUGUCAUUUUCUAUGCUGAUAUUGAUGGGCUCUACGUGCAAAAUGUCUUUUCUAAGAUGCAACAAAUUCCACGUUUUGUCUACGCCUGUGAAUAUGGGUGUCAUCGUGUGCAGCCGGUAGGACCCGCGUAGAAUUAUGUUACCAUGUGAAUGCUUUUUCAGACAGGACGACAUAUUACCAUAGAAGGAAUAUUUAUUACUCCCGAGUAUUUUUAGCAGAGAAGGGUCUUUCGGGGGCAGAAAUAGUCUCACUUAUUUACCACCACUUGCGGAGCCUCUGGUGGCCUCUAGGCAAGAAAACCAGUCAGAUUUCUUCCCCAGUCCUGCAAACCUUUUUUUUUUUUUUUUGAAUUCCUUAUCAUGUCAGGUAUUGAGACCUCCAAAUGGUGUAAACAGAAUUUGAUCAUGAUGCAAUAACGUGGAUGGUGCUUAGGGUGGCAGUAUUGGUUUCCCUUACACGGUGCAAACUUAAAGUAAUAGUAAAGGAGGUGGUAUUGUGUAAUUGAGGGGCUUAUUUUAAUUUUCAGUGUAGAGUAUGUGUUUAGAGUAAUUGGCUACAACAUUAUGCAAAUUAAGAAUACCUGUAAAUACCUCAGACGUCUUGAAUCAGUUGAAUGCCGUGCAGUGGUGCUUCUAUGCGCUGUGUGCUUAGCGAGAUGGUGACUACUCCCAGCAGAUAAUACUUUGCCCCUCCCCUGGAGUAUUUUCUCUUCCACUGUUAGACAGCCAUUACAGUCAUAUAAGUUUUUCCAGCAAUACUCAGCCCCUGCCAGGGAUUGAUUAUGGGUCAAUUCACCUCCAAUUCUGUAAAUACAGGAACCAGCAAAAUUCUAAAUCUGAAAAUAACCUAGCAAUAAGCUAAUUCUAACAAAUACAUCUUGCAAGAAUAUGCGGUUAAAAUAAGUGAAUUGAGAGUGAAGUGACUGCAACACUAAUCACUGCAGUUAAUCUUUCUGUUUUCGUUUUUGUCUGUCAGUCUUUGAAUUUAAGGGUGCUCUGUGUGACUUGACUGAAUAUACUACUUGCUGCAAUAGAACCCUUCUGUUUACCGAGUUUGAUUGUAGUGUGUUUGUUUCCCUUGUCGUACUAUAUGGGCUGUGUUUCGAUAUUAAAGGCAAGUAUAAUGUAAGAUUAGGUCCUGCUGUGAAAAUGCAUGGCUUUGUGCUUCAGUUACAUCUCUUGCUUACACAGCGACAGAGUAAAACUUUUAAGGAUGCACUGAGUGACUCUGACCUCCACAUACAGACAGCAUACCAUAGCAAACAGCUAAAGGCAGACUGAAUUAAGGAGUGUUUUCUGGCAUUGUAUUUUUUUUUUUUUGUGUGUGUGAGUGUCGGAGGGAGGGGUGGGGGUUUCCACUGCUCAUCAGUCAAGUCUGUAGUGUUUAUUAUUAGUGCCUUAGUCCGUAGCCCAUACAGUGUCUGGUCUGCUUGAGUGACAGCGUCACCUCAUUGGUCAGUAGCAGGUAGUGGACAAGUAAUUUGUUUGGGAAUGUAGGUUCAUGUCCGUGGGUUUUAUAGCAUUUGUUGUCCCACUUGUUAACAUACUGUUCCUCUUAAGUGCUGAACCAACUGCGUCCCCUUUAUCUUUCUCUUUUUCUCUCUCUGCCACAUGUAAGGCCUUCGGGGGAUGACAGAGGAACUGUCCGCCAGUCAAAAAAUGUGUUGCUGUUUAAAAGGUACCAUCAGUAUGUACGUAUAUUAUAUAUAUAUGAACACAUUUUUGUACUGCAUUCCAUGGGCAUGUACCACAGUGCUUCUAAACUACGACAGACUGCAGAUUCAGGUCUGUCAACUGCUUUAUUGUAUGUUAUGAAGUCACUUCAAUUUUAUGGGUGGGCUUUUUUUUUUUUCUUGUGCUUUUAAGCCUCUAUGAAAGAUAAAUGUGAUAAGAACAUUUCGAUAUAUCCGUCACCAUUAAGAUGUUGUGACGCAUUUCAAUGAUGUGGAGUAUUUGAAGUGUUCUGUAUGUUUUUUUUGUUUUUUUUCUCCCUUAACAGAAAUAAAAUUAUGAAGUUACUACAAUAAAAAUAAGUGAUAACAUACAAUAUUAAAGAUAUUUAUCUGGCCUCAAUAAAACUAUUUUUUGUAUUCACUGAAAAUAAAGCAUUUCGAUGUAUUUAAGUGUG